AUGGAGUUAAUUCACUGUUCUUCACUCUCAAGUUGCACGCCCAAACUCUCUCCAACAAGUUCUUUCCAUUUUGGGAAAAGCAAAAUAAGUUUUGGAGCUUCACAAAAAUCUUUUGAAAAUUCCGUAAAAAAGCCCAAUUCUUUGUUAAUUGUGAAUGAUGCUACCGAUAGAGGCGAUGCUGAGACUGCAGUGGUGGUCGAGAAACCUCCGCUUAAGCGGCGUCGAUUUGAGGUGUUUUCCGGUCAUCCGAUGCCCUUCGGUGCCACGCCGAGAGAUGGCGGUGUUAAUUUUGCUAUUUCCUCCAGCAAUGCAACGUCUGCUACUCUUUGCUUGAUCAAUAUCCCCGAUUUAUCCGAGAAAAGAGUGACUGAACAGAUCUCUUUGAAUCCCCUGACCAAUAAAACUGGAGAUGUAUGGCAUGUGUUUCUGACAGGAGACUUUGAAAAUAUGGUUUAUGGAUACAAAUUUGAUGGGGAGUUCUCCCCAGAAGAAGGGCAUUACUUUGAUUCUUCACAAAUAUUGAUUGAUCCCUAUGCUAAGUCCAUUGUAAGCAGAGGGGAAUAUGGUACUUUGGGACCUGAGGAGGAUUGUUGGCCACAGAUGGCGUGUGCCGUGCCUUCUGAUAAUGAUGAGUUUGACUGGGAAGGAGAUUUGCCCCUGAAUUUUCCACAGAGAGAUCUAAUAAUUUAUGAAAUGCAUGUUCGUGGAUAUACAAGACAUGAAUCAAGCAAGGCAAAAUUCCCUGGUACUUAUCUUGGUGCGGUAGAGAAACUCGAUCACUUGAAGAAACUUGGUGUCAACUGUAUUGAACUAAUGCCAUGUCAUGAAUUCAAUGAGCUGGAGUACUACAGCUACAAUUCUAUCUUGGGUGACUACAAGAUGAAUUUUUGGGGUUAUUCUACUGUCAGUUUCUUUUCACCAAUGGCAAGAUAUUCAUCUGCUGGGAUUGGUAAUUAUGGCCUUGGUGCAGUAAAGGAGUUCAAGCAUCUUGUUAGAGAAGCACAUAAACGAGGAAUUGAGGUGAUUAUGGAUGUCGUUUUCAAUCACACUGCUGAAGGAAAUGAAAAUGGUCCUGUACUCUCAUUUAGAGGUGUUGACAAUAGUGUCUUUUAUAUGCUUGCACCUAAGGGAGAAUUCUACAAUUACUCAGGUUGUGGAAACACUUUCAACUGCAAUCAUCCUAUUGUACGCCAAUUUAUAUUGGAAUGCUUGAGAUACUGGGUAAUAGAGAUGCAUGUAGAUGGAUUCCGCUUUGAUCUUGCUUCGAUCUUGACAAGGAGUGGCAGUCUCUGGGAUGCAGUAAACGUAUAUGGAAAUGCUGUUGAAGGUGAUACACUCACGACAGGAUCUCCUCUCAGUAGCCCACCAUUGAUCGACAUGAUUAGCAAUGACCCAAUACUUCAUGGAGUGAAGCUUAUAGCUGAAGCAUGGGAUUGUGGAGGCCUCUAUCAAGUCGGCAUGUUUCCCCAUUGGGGUGUAUGGUCUGAGUGGAAUGGGAAGUAUCGUGAUGUUGUACGACAGUUCAUCAAAGGUACCGAUGGGUUUUCCGGGGCUUUCGCUGAAUGUCUUUGUGGAAGCCCUAAUUUAUAUCAGGAAGGUGGAAGGAAACCUUGGAACAGUAUCAAUUUUGUAUGCGCUCAUGAUGGUUUUACUUUGGCUGAUUUGGUGACGUAUAAUACCAAGCACAAUUUGGCAAAUGGUGAAGAAAACAAAGAUGGGGAGAAUCAUAAUAAUAGUUGGAAUUGUGGUCAGGAGGGAGAAUUUGUCAGUACUUCUGUGAAGAAAUUGAGAAGACGACAAAUGAGAAAUUUCUUCCUCUCUCUCAUGGUUUCCCAAGGUGUUCCAAUGAUCUACAUGGGUGAUGAAUAUGGUCAUACAAAAGGGGGUAACAACAAUACGUAUUGCCAUGAUAAUUUUAUUAACUACUUCCGGUGGGAUAAAAUGGAGGAGUCUUCAUCAGAUUUCUUCAGAUUUUGCUGUCACAUGACCAAGUUCCGCCAUGAAUGCGAAUCACUUGGUUUAAACAACUUCCCAACAGCAGAGCGACUGCAAUGGCAUGGUCAUAUGCCCGGAGUGCCAGAUUGGUCUGAGUCGAACCGAUUUGUUGCAUUUACAUUGAUCGACUCUUUGAAGGGAGAAUUAUACAUCGCCUUUAAUGCUAGCCACGUCCCUGUCACCACUUCGUUACCCGAACGCCCAGGUUACAGGUGGGAGCCCUUGGUGGACACCGGCAAGCCAGCACCAUUCGACUUCCUCUCAGAUGAUCUCCCAGAGAAAGAUCUGGCUAUCAGGCAAUAUGCUCAUUUUCUUGAUAACAAUUUUUAUCCCAUGCUUAGUUAUUCCUCAAUUAUUCUUGUACUCUCUCCUGAUAGCAAUCCUUAA